CUCGUCACCACCCCAUCCUGCAUCCAUCAUGCCCGCAAAACACGACAUCAACAAAGUAGGGUCUGAGAGCUCUGACUUCCCAAUCCUUUGCGAAACAUGUUUGGGUCCUAACCCCUACGUCCGAAUGACCCGCCAGGAGUUCGGGCAAGAGUGCAAAAUCUGCAACCGCCCAUUCACCGUGUUCAAAUGGAACCCGGGAGACGGCGGGCGGUUCAAGAAGACGGAGAUCUGCACGACAUGCGCGAAGAUCAAGGGAACAUGCCAGACGUGUCUUCUUGACCUCGAGUACGGCCUGCCGGUGCAGGUGCGCGACGCGGCGCUGGGGCGCAAAAACGAGGCACCAAGCAGCGAUAUCAACAAGCAAUACUACAUCCAAAACCUCGAGGCGCAGAUGGCGAACUCGGACACAGGGAUUGCGUUCGACGCGCAGCUCGCCAACGCCGCAGGCAAGGAGAUGCUCAAAACUCUUGCCCGCAACGACCCCUACUACAAGCGCAACCGGCCGCACAUCUGCUCCUUCUUCCAGAAGGGCGAGUGUAAGCGCGGCGACGCAUGUCCCUUCCGGCACGAGGCGCCUGAGGCUGGCGCAGGCCCGGUGCGCGGGGGCAACGUCCAGCAGAGCAUGCAGGACCGGUACUACGGGCGCAACGAUCCUGCGGCGAAGAAGAUUCUGGGCCAGGUCGCCGAGGCGCGCGGGCUCAAGCCGCCCGAGGACAAGUCGAUUACGACGUUGCUGUUCCUCGGCGUGCCCCAGUGCGAAGAGAGCGACGUGCGCACCGCGCUGUCGGCUGCUGUGCCGUCUGUCGAGCCGUCCCAGAUCCGUUCCAUCUCCAUCGUGGCGGCUAGCAACUCGGUCUUUGUGAACUUUGCUGAUCGUGGGGCCGCGGAGCGCGCGGCCGAGGCGCUGUCGGCCCAGGGUGGAAUCGAGGUGGACGGCAAACGCGCAAAGAUCGCCUGGGGGCGGUCCCGCAAGAAGGCUGCUGCGUAGAGUGUAGAGUCAUGUAUUUGUAUUCCUAGCA